AUGAGCGGCAAACGCAAGGCGUCCGCGCUGGACGCGGCGCUCGCCAAGUUCCAGAAGGUCCAGCAGCAGGCUGCGCAGAUCCAGAUAGAUGUGGCCAACAGCAGGGAGAAGUCCAGCGCCGGCGCGAAGGCGGAGCGCCUCAAGGCGAUGGCCGAGGCUGAGGCUGCGGAGCGCAGGGAGCGAGAGCGCGCCGCGCAGUCGAACGCCCCGCGCGAACCCCCCCGCAACGUCCCCAACAGCAUCCUCAUGAAGCAGAAGCGCGUCCUGGACCUCCUCAACACCACGCGCGCCAACUUCACCGUCGCGGAGCUGCACAACGAGCUCGGCUUCUCGUGCUCCGACCCGGAGCUGUGGGAUAUGCUCACACACAACCCGAAGAUCCAGCAGGGGGUGCACGAGAGACGCACGAGGAUGGAGCCGACCAUCUCGUACAAACCCAAGCACGUUUUCGAGGGCAAGCGCGAGAUGCUCGAGCUGGUGACGAAGAUGCCGGACGGCGUCUUGAUGGACGACGUGACGGACGCGUACACGGGCGCGGUGGACGACUGCGAGGCGCUCAUCGCGGAGGGCCUGGUGCUGAUGUUAACGAACGCGGAGACCCGGGAGCGGGUGCUCUAUCCCGUGGAUGAGCGAUACGAGUGCGAGGUGGACGACGACAUGGCGGCGCUGUUUCACGCCGUGCCGAUACCGGAGCACGACAACGAGUUCGACGCCGCGCUGCGGAAGGCGGGACACGAGCCGGCGCCGAGGCGCGCGGCGCGGCCGACGGGGCACGAUUCGGACGAGGAGGGCGGCGGGAGGAAGCGGGCAAAGGCGAAGAAAAAACGAAAGGUGAACUUUGAGCGGAUGAAGGUGACAAACGCGCAUCUCCCCGAGCUCUUCAAGGGUUUGGAGAACAUAACGGCCCUGGACCAGCACGGCGCGUCGUCACACAAGGCGAAAUAA